AUGCGAAAUUCACUAGCACAUCUAGCAACCACCAUAAUAACCGUCAAUAAUUCGAAGCGAUUUCAUGCGGAAACUAGUCAAGGAUUCCCAUUUCUUUCUGAUGAUGAAUGGAUAAUAACUAAAGAUAUAAAUUCGUUGGAGAGUGCAGUCUGCUCGAUUGAGCAUAAAAAGAGAUCGGGAAAAGUGUUACAUGAGAUUAAUUCCUAUCAGAUUGUGGAUAAUUUGAAAGGUGAAUUUAUAAUAAAGUUGGUAUCCAACCAAGAAAUCAGCCCGAGUCAAAAUACUAACGAGCUGGAUCCUACAAGCGCGAAUUUACUGUUCAAUUUGAGUCUAACGGAAAAGCAAAAAGUGGCAAAAAAAGAUGUCGUUUUACCGUACACUAAAGUACAAGAACAUUAUGAGAAUCAAAGUACAUCUUCGGCAUCACCGAUAUCAAGUGGUACUGGAGUAAUUUAUUAUGAACCAGACGAAGGAGAUGAUUUUGAUGAUGAGGAUCCCGAUGAAGAUUUGACUAUAUGA